CAAUGAUUGCACUAUUCUGAAAUCGGGAAUUUCAAAGUUAUUUCAAAUUCUCACGUAAAUAUAGUAAAAUAGAGCUCAAACAUGUUUGUAAUAACUUGGUUGGAAGAGUCUUUUUCCAUUAACAAAGACAUGAACGUGAAAGAAUCCCUAUCAGUUGGAACAGUAUAUUUUGCCUACAAAGAAGCAUGUGCUGCAAUUGGUUGCAAGCCCAUUACAGAAAAGAAAAUCAAUCUCAUUAUUAGAGGAUACUUUACGAAUAUUCGUUCACAUUUCCACAGACUUCCCUCGGGGGCCCGUGUUACACUUCAUGAAUAUUUAACAUUCAAGCAACUUGCACUUGUCUCCAAAGAAAGCUCACAUUUGUCUUUGUCGCCUGACUUUGUUAAGAAUGCUGCAUCUCCCCAAUGGACAGUGACUUUAAAUGAUGAUGCCAAUGUAACUGCUGUACGCACCACAGAUACUUUCAUCAAUGACAAUCCUGUAACAAAGAAGAUUAUAUUCGAUCAUGAUUCACCCAAUUGGAGACUAGUGAUUAAUGAUAAACUGAUUAAUUUGGAGGAUUUACAUAUAUCUGACAAAUACAGCCAAUCUGAAAGAUCACUUAACGCUAUUUUCAAAAUUGUGGACAAUUUAUGUAUUUGCAUUGGAAUAGAGCAACCAAAAACUCUGAAGAAACUUGUUUUUCGAACUUUAGACAGGUUCCGAGAGGGCACAGGAAAAAAUAGGUGGCGGCUAAGGUCUGGAAUGUGUCCUCAAGUGGUAGAUUUUUCAAGAUCUUCCUCAACUUGUGUUUUGUGUUCCCAGUAUAGAGUAAGAGUUGCCCCUCAACCAGAGCCCUCUGAUGAAACACCAGAACUAAUCAACAAGCUGUUUCCAAAUAUUCCAGAGCCAAUGAAGAAAUUAUUACUAGAUCAAAGCAAAAACUGUAAUGUAGAACACUCAACUCAAAAUAGAUGGUCCGAUGAAGUGAAAAGGAUCUGUCUCACAAUGUGGACGUCAAGUAAAAUAGACUAUGAAUUACUACAUUCAUCUGGUCUAUUUGUCCUUCCAUCACCAGCACUGUUAUAUAAAAUAAAAAAAAAGAUGGCAGACCUACCUUCUAAUACUUCCCCCAAAUGGCGUCGUCCAUCAGAUGUAAUGAAAGUGCGGAAAGUCAGGAAAAAACUAGCUACAACUCAUCAACCUAAAGCAAAAAAUAAGUCUAGAGAACCAAAAACCUCUGAAUCUCAAAAUGCAGGGAAAAGAUCAAACCCAUUCAGUUGCCCACCAAAGAGAAAGGUACAAACGUCAGAUGAAGAUGCUGACGGUGGAGGCAGUAUAGAUGGCGCCAUAGGUAGUGAUUUGUUCAGUAUGUUGAACAAGCGUCCAAGACUUGACAUACAGGAAUCAUCAGCUGACAAAAACCCAUCAGUAACAACAGAUACAAGUGUGAAUAGCUUGCCUGAAACAUUAUUUUCAAAUACAUCCAGGAAUACAGUCACCAAAGAAACAAACGAAGCAGAGAAGUUGGUCUACAACAAGGAUAUGAUCUGUGACUGGAGUUUAAAGAUGAAAAUAAGAUUUAUGUCACCAGAAUUAUUCUCAUGGUGCCACCCAUUGAAAACGAAUGAGGAAUGUGAUGGACUGUAUAGCUUUGUCAGAAGAGCUCAAUAUCAGGCGAAUACUUGCUCAAGGAAACCAGAGUUCCAGAAAGCAUGCAUGUACUGGAUCCAUCCAAACCUCCCAUGGUGCAAGCUGUUCCCUCGUAUAAAUGCAGAUAGUGCUUUAGGGAAGCAGACUGGUUUACUCCUGGAAGAUCAUGUGUUGAAGGCCUUAUAUGAUGAUUGGACAGAGAGUUUCACUUCAGCCUUUCAUCUGCUAAGGUCAUGCCAUUCACCAUAUUUCUACAUGCUCACACAUCAGUUAAAUGUCCUGUUCCGUGCCCCAGGGGUGGGUGGACUGAACAAGAUGAAUGCCAUUGUUACACCAACCACACGUGGUUUUAGGGAGGCAUUAACAGAAGAAGGUAUCGAGUUCACCAUGCCAUUGCAUGACACUACAAAGACAGACAACGAGGAUGAUUCAGAGAGUAACAGCCCAGUUCAAAACCUAGAGAGAGUUGAUUAUGAGAAUGACCUUGACCCUGAGCUCAUUGAAGAUGAUGACCUCCUAGCAACAGACAGUGGGGCAUCGUCAUGGUUAGAGAGCAUGGGGCUAGAUAAAAGCAGCUACCCAUCUUUAGAUCCUAACAAAGUGAAAUUACAGAGGGAAAGCUACAGGGCUAUUGAUAACAGGCCUGAGUCUAUGGUGCUUGUACAGGGUCCCUCAACUCAGGCCCUCUACAACUAUCUCCUCAACUACAAGAGUUGUAUUGCACACAGCGGAUCCCAGGCAGGUGUUCCACCCACCAUUCUCUCACCCUCAGCAUUCAAAGGGGCCACAUUGAAAUCACUGCAGGUAAAGCAGGGUACUAUAAGGCAACAAUGCCAAGAUGGUACAAUGGUAUCUAAUCAGACACUGGAAGUAUCAGGCCCCAUACUUCCCCAUACAACACUAGCGCUAUGUAGCUUAUUCAAACAAACUCAAUGCAGUGAUUUCUCAGGAGUUUUUAACGUACAUGACCAUUCAACUGCAUUUAACGGGACACCAUUGCCACAGAAUGCAAAAAAUUCAAGAAAUAAUUGGGGAUUGCCAAUGGACAUGGAAGAAGUUUUAUUCAGGAGUAAUAAUUUGGGUAAACUUGCAGUGCGAGAGAUAGUUUGUACGGCAGAUGGGUAUCAUUGGAAUACAUAGCUACUUUAGGAAGUUAAAGAGGAGGAAAUGCCCCAGAAUUCAUAGUUGAACAUAUCUCUAUAUAAAUAUGGACCUCUAGGGGUUAUCUUCAUAUGUUUAUCAGUUGCACUUUUGGAACAGUGAAUAUACUGCAGAAGUCCUGAAAGAUGUUAAGUAUUAAUUAAUAAAAACACAAAAAAUAUAUAAAUUAUUAACAAUACAUAUUUUUUUAUUAUAUUCUUGAUUGUAUGUACAUUGGCAUAUUGCAUAUACCAUUUGAUAAUUACUAAAACUCACACAUUUACCAUCUUUGCAAUCUGAUACUCCAUUGCAACAUUGACCUAGAGUGUCAUAUACACAUGAUACAGUAAAAUUAAAAAUCACAAUUUAUUGUCUAUCAUUUUCAUUAAUAACUCAGUUCCUAUAUGUAUACUGGCCUACCACAGUACAGUCCAUUGGUAGUUAAAAUAUGCUAAUAUUCUUAUCUACUGUACAAAAUUGCACAACACAUUUGCGAGUAGAUACAUAGGCUGGUGUAUGUGACCUACAUUGGAGACACUACAAUAUAAGGG